AAUAGAUGUAGAAAGCGCAAUUUUAAAAUAAAGUGGCCAUUUGUUUAUUUCCUAAGCUAAUUGCGUUGAAAACAUUGAAAUGGGUCCCGCACGCAAGCAUGCUCGGCGGAUCAGAUUUCAAAGGAAACGAGUUUCCCGUAGGAUUUCCUGGGCUUUGUCCAUGCCACAAUUAUAAACAGAGAUGCAAAUAAACCGAGUUCACAAAUCGUAGUGUAAUUCGGCGUCUCCUCGGAUUUUCAACGCCCCGUGACCUUCACAAUCUAAGCACAAAACGAAGACCGAAAAAUGUGGCGACUCCUAGCGACAGGGCUAUAUUUCGCUUGUCUUAUUCAUGAGGUUAGAACGUCUUUAAAAGCAGAAUUUCACACAAUGCUGUCCAAAGAUGAAAAGAAAAGAUAUUUACACGCAGAUUCCCAAGAUACCGUUCCAGAGUAUGACAUAACCCGAGUCCUUAAGUACAGAAGAAAACGAAGUCCAUUGUCGCCUCAACAUGAAUUCAGUCUGUUUGCAUUUGGGAGAAACUUCAACCUAAUGUUAGAACCUAAUGAUGACGUCAUUAGCGAUGGCGUGCUGCCCAUAGAGAGAUUGACCGCAGAUGGACUGCUGACAAAAGAAAUUCAUUUACCCCAAGGAAGAUUCUAUGUAGGUCACGUGACGUCCGAUCCUGAAUCCCAUGUGGCUGUUCGGGAAGCCAGUAACAAGGGCCAACUGAGCGGCGCCAUAAUGAGCGAUGAUCACAUGUACGAAAUAGAGCCUUUACCAGAUCACCUCCUCAAACGCGCGGCAUUGAAGGGGAAUGGGUACCACGUAAUAUCCAGAAGAAGUAUUAAAGACCUUACGAACAAUGAAAAAAAGUCAAUUCCUGCACGAGGUAACAGAUGUGCAGUUUUUCUUACUGUCUUUUUAAGGGUGUAGAUUGACAGGCGUAAUCGUUUGUACAAGGACAAGUCAAUUGGAAUGCAAGUGUCCUGGGUGCUGGUGAAAGUUUUCCUGGUGGAAGGAUAUGAUGCCGGCCUUGAUUUCACGGCCAACAACAUCACGGGCGGUGGCAAGUACCUUAGAAAGUUUGCAAAUUGGGCCUCGACACGAAACAAGCCUGAAGGAGAAGCUGAACAUUACGAUCAAGCCGCCAUGUUGACAAGGAGGCUCUGCGGUCUCAAUAGCUGUUAUAUAGAUGGACUGGCGUAUUUAAAUACGCCAUGUGAUAGGAAAUAUGGAGUGAGUGUAAAUGACGCCAGUGGUUUGACAGCAGCGUACUCCGUAGCACAUGAAAUGGGCCACAACUUGGGUUUGGGACAUGACAGAGGAGGUGAUUGUGCCAAGGGAUAUAUCAUGCAGGGCUCCCAGGCCGCAGGUUCCAACGCACAUCGUUGGUCUCCCUGUAGCAGAGACAAAUUGAGAAAAAUAUUUACGGAACACACAUGUUUCCACAAUAAGCCUCCUAAACAGCUUCCCAGUCCCACUCUUCUUCCAGGCUAUACCACUGACAUAGACAAACAAUGCCAGAUGGCGCACGGAGAAGAAUAUAGAGGAUGUUCUUCACAGAAAUGGAGCUGCGGCGUCCUUUACUGUACAAAGGGAGGGAGCUGCUACAGCCGAGGAGCCCCUGUUGCUGAGGGAACUGUGUGCGGUAUUAGGAAGUGGUGCCGCGCUGGAAUCUGCACUGAUGUAGGACCAAGUUUGCCGCCACCAGUUGAUGGUGGGUGGGGUCGCUGGGGAUCCUAUGGUGAAUGUACCAGAACUUGCGGAGGAGGGGUGAAAUAUCGAAGUCGACAGUGUAACAAUCCCAAACCUCAAUACUACGGAAAACCUUGCAAGGGAUCUUCAAGAGGACACUUUAGGCUAUGCAACCCUAAGGAGUGCAAAAUUGAACGCUUCCGUCUCGAGCAAUGCGAAGAACACAACACUAACACCACGAAAUACCGUGCUCACUUUUUGGGAGGAUCAAGCAAGUGUACGUUAGCCUGUGUAACUGGAAGCACUGGAUAUUUCUUUGGCCACGUCAAGGAUGGAACACGAUGUGUAAGCAAUCCGUAUGUCUAUGACGUAUGCAUUGAUGGACAAUGCAAGGUUGUUGGAUGUGAUAAGACGUUGAGAUCUAAAAAGGUGUUUGAUCGAUGUUUAAACUGUGGAGGAGAUGGUGGCUCUUGUGUUUUGACACGCGGAACAUACACAAAGCACUAUAAAGUAUAUGGUGCCAAGAACGGUGACAUCAUGUUCACCAUUCCAAAAGGAGCUACAAACGUCAGAAUUGUCGAGAUGAGCAAAUCAUACAACUUCUUGAGUAUAGUGUCAAACACGACAGGGACGUACUAUGUUCCAGUGCCUAGCUGGACAAACACGUACAAAGCUGCCGGGACAUCAAUCUACCAUUACAUGAAAAAGUAUAACGACGCGGAGAUCAUUUUCAUCAGAGGACCAACCAAUGAGGCUUUGGAUGCCAUGUAUGUAUAUUCAGGAAUCCACGUCAAUAACCCAGGUAUUUCGUACAGUUUCUACGUCCCCGGAGUAGGGAAAAGCACAAAAUUUCACUGGAAAGCAAGAAAUGAGGGUGGCUGCAGCACCACUUGCGCCGGAGGCGUGCAGCUAAUCAAGGUCACGUGUCACCGCGACGAUGAUGAAACUGAAGUGACACCUGGUUACUGCAACAAGAGAACCAAGCCGGCGGUAUCCAAGCCAUGCAAGCUGGCCCCCUGCCCUAAAGAAUUUAGCCUGGGAGUCUGGAGCCCGUGUUCAGAGCCUUGUGGAGGUGGUCGGCAGCAUCGCAACUUGACCUGCGUUCAAGUAGUUUCCCAAGAUGUGACCAAAAUUCUCCCCGAAUCGGAAUGCGUCCACUUGUCGAGACCCGCCAGUACACAAAAAUGUAAUAACGUAGACUGUUGGCAGAAAUGGAUCUUAGGGGAGUGGACGCAGUGUUCCGUUCUUUGCGGUAAUGGCACUAAAACACGGAGUGUGGACUGUAAAAAGAAGCUGGCUGAUGGCAACUGGACUGUAUUGCCAGAUGAUCAAUGCGAUGAUAAACCAUCCUCGAUCAUGUCAUGUAAUGAAAUGCCUUGUUACACUUGGCGAGUGGAAUACCCCUGCGCUUCCUGUGGAAGGUCGGAUAAGACUUAUGUUCCGAUCGGCUGCUUCAGAGACAACCAAUACGACGGACGACCGCUGCCGGAGAUGAUCGGAAAUCAUCGUAAGAACAUCAACUGGUAUCACAUGUCCGAAACAGUAAAGAAGUGCGCGGAUGAUGCUUGGCAAAAACAGUUCGCCGUCUUUGGAGUGCAGUUCUAUGGCGAAUGCUGGUCUGGGCCAUCAGGCUACGUUACAUACGAUAAGGAUGGUUUUAACUUGCAAGGCUGUUGGGAGGGAGUGGGAAGGAAUCGUAAUAACUACGUUUACGCUUUCACAAGUUUAGUCUCGCAGCCACUCGUAGACUGCAUCUACACGGUAACUGACCAGGCAGUAACCGACGAGAAGUGCAGCUCGACAAAGCCUCUCGCCAAGAUGAAACAAUGCUCCCAUGUAUGCAAGAUGGCAAACACAGGAUAAGCAAACACUGGAUGCCACAAUCAACAGACAACUUCAUCGCUGAAAUCAUAACUGCUGCAAGAAGAAGAAGUCUUACUCAGCUCCAUUAAGUUUGUCUUUUAGUUUUAUUUUUGUUGAGGAUGCAAAAUGCGCAAGGGAUUAAAUAAACUUUUCAUCA